AAAAGAUUUUUUCCGCAGAGAACUCAUUUGCCAUUUUGCCGCGCUGCAGCCAUGCCCCGCCUCGAGACUGACGUGAAGCUGGACUUCAAGGACGUGCUGAUCCGCCCCAAGCGCAGCACGCUCAAGAGCCGCUCCCAGGUCGACGUCUCCCGCACCUACACCUUUCGCAACUCGGGCCGCACGUGGUCCGGCGUGCCCGUGAUCGCUGCCAACAUGGACACGGUCGGUACGUUCGAGAUGGCUGUCGCGCUUGCCCAGCACAAGUGUAUCACGUGCGUCCACAAGCACUACUCGGUCGACGAGUGGGAGGCCUUUGGCGCAGCGCACCCUGACGUGCUUCCCUUCGUGGCCGUCAGCGCCGGCACGAGUGCGGCCGACUUGGAGCGAGUCUCGAGCGUCCUUGCCAAGCUCGACGCGAUCUCGUUUGUGUGCCUCGAUGUCGCCAACGGCUACUCGGAGAUGUUUGUCGAAGCGGUCCGCCGCGUCCGUGAGGCGCACCCGACGCACACCAUCAUCGCCGGCAACGUCGUGACGGGUGAGAUGGUCGAGGAGCUCCUUCUCAGUGGCGCCGACAUUAUCAAGAUCGGUAUUGGUCCGGGCUCGGUCUGCACGACGCGCAAGCAGACGGGUGUCGGCUACCCGCAGCUCUCGGCUGUCCUCGAGUGCGCGGACGCCGCCCAUGGUCUGCGCGGCCACGUCAUCUCGGAUGGCGGUUGCACGUGCCCCGGCGACGUCUCCAAGGCGUUUGGCGCCGGCGCCGACUUUGUCAUGCUCGGCGGCAUGCUCGCGGGCCACGACGAGAGCGGCGGCGACGUGCUCGAGCUCGGCGGCCAAAUGUUCAAGCGCUUCUACGGCAUGAGCUCGUCCGUCGCGAUGAACAAGCACGCGGGCGGCGUGGCUGAGUACCGGUCGAGCGAAGGCAAGGCCGUGACCGUGCCGUACCGCGGCCCCGUCGACGGCACGAUCAAGGACAUUCUUGGCGGCGUCCGCUCGACGUGCACGUACGUUGGUGCGAGCCAGUUGAAGGAGCUCAGCAAGCGCACGACGUUCAUCCGCGUGACGCAGCAGCUCAACGAGGUGUUUGGCAAGGCGCCCAACGAGCAAGAGCUCGCGCAACGCGCCCAAGACCACCAACUAACCAUGAAGCCAAGCUUAGAAGCCUGACGGCAACGUCGCUGGAUGUUGCCGUACUACCAC